GCACCAAUAACAAAGAUGGCGGACAGUGAGUGUCUGACUGAACACGAGCGGAUUUUGCAAGAGAUCGAGAACACGGACACGGUCUGCGUGGGUCCAACUCUCCGCUCUGUUUAUGAUGACCAGCCCAACACCCACAAGCACUUCCUGGAGAAACUCAAUGCCAGAAUAAGGAACCAUGAUCGUGAGAUUGAGAAGAUGUGCAAUUUCCACCACCAAGGAUUUGUAGACGCCAUCACAGAGCUUCUCAAAGUGCGUGCAGACGCUGAGAAGCUGAUGGGACAAGUUGCAGACACCAACCGCAGACUACAGGAAGCUGGCAGGGAGGUGAGUGCCCAGACAGAGGAGGUCAUUCGCUGUCGGCUUCAGCAGAGGAACAUGACCACCACUGUGGAGAAGCUCCAGCUCUGUAUUCCAGUGUUGGAAAUGUACAGCAAACUGAAGGAGCAGCUGGAAUCCAAAAGAUACUAUGCAGCACUGAGAACCAUGGAGCAGCUGGAGAAGGCCUACAUCCCCAGGGUCAGUCAGUACAGGUUCUGCCAAAUCAUGGCAGAAAACCUGCCCAUGCUGAGGGAAGAGAUCAAGGAAAUCUCCAUGUCAGACCUGAAGGACUUCCUGGAGAGUAUCAGAAAACACUCUGACAGGGUUGGAGAGACAGCCAUGAGACAGGCAGUGCAGCACAGAAACUUCAACAGUGCCAUAGCCAAACAGGCCAGUUUGGGCCACUGCAGAUCAACAGACACUCCCAAUGGACUGAUGAUGAAUAAUGGCACAGGAGACGAGGAAGAAGCCGAUGAGGAGAUUCUUACGGCUCAGGAUCUGGUGGACUUCUCGCCCGUCUACAGGUGUCUACACAUUUACACAGUGCUGGGUGACCGGGAUACAUUUGAGAAUUACUACAGGAAACAGAGGAAAAAACAGGCGCGGCUCGUACUGCAGCCACAGGCCAACAUGCAUGAAACCGCAGAAGGCUACAGGAGAUACUUCAAUCAAAUUGCAGGAUUUUUUGUUGUGGAAGAUCACAUCCUCCACUCCACACGGGGGCUGGUGACCAGAGCUUUCACUGACCAACUGUGGAACAUGGCGCUGUCCAAGAUCAUUGCUGUGCUCCGCACACACUCUUCAUACUGCAACGACCCAGACCUGGUCCUGGAGCUGAAGACCCUCAUCAUCAUUUUUGCUGACGCAUUACAGGGUUAUGGCUUCCCAGUCAACCGACUGUUCGACCUGCUCUUCGAGGUCAGAGACCAGUACAAUGAAACUCUUCUGAAGAAGUGGGCACAGCUUUUCAGAGAGAUCUUUGACUUGGACAACUACAGUCCCAUCCCAGUGGACAAUGAGGAUGAGUACAAAGUGGUCAUCUGCCGAUUUCCUUUCCAUGACGCUGAGAUAGAGAAGCAGGACUUUCCAAAGAAGCUGCCGAUCUCCCAGUCUGUCCCUCAGAUCUACUCUCAGCUCAAAGAGUUCAUUUAUGCCAGUCUCAAGUUCUCAGAGUCACUUCACCGCAGUUCAACAGAGAUUGACGACAUGUUGAGAAAAUCAACCAACCUGCUGCUAACAAGAACGCUGAGCUACUGCCUGCAAAACCUUAUCAAGAAGCCUCACGUCGGCCUGACGGAGCUGGUGCAGAUUAUCAUUAACACAACCCACUUGGAGCAGGCCUGCAGGUAUCUGGAGGACUUCAUAACCAACAUCACCAACGUGUCCCCUGAAACUGUUCACACCACAAGACUCUACGGCCUGUCCACCUUCAAGGAUGCUCGUCACGCAGCAGAAGGAGAGAUCUACACCAAACUGAACCAGAAGAUCGACGAGUUCUUUCAGCUGGCAGAUUAUGAGUGGGACAUGGCUGAAUCCGAUGGCCGUGCCUCUGGAUACCUCAUGGACCUCAUCAACUUCCUGCGCUCCACCUUCCAGGUCUUCACACACUUACCGAGUAACAACAAUGACCAUGCAUCAAUGUCGGGUAAAGUGGCUCAGACGGCGUGUAUGUCGGCCUGUCAGCACCUCUCCACAUCACUGAUGCAGAUGCUGCUGGACUCGGAGCUGAAGCAGAUCAGUAUGGGAGCCAUUCAGCAGUUCAACUUAGAUGUCAUUCAGUGUGAACUGUUUGCCAGCUCUGAGCCAGUCCCUGGUUUUCAAGGAGAAACCCUCCAGCUGGCCUUCAUCGACUUGCGACAGCUCCUGGAUCUGUUCAUGGUGUGGGACUGGACCACGUACCUGGCAGAGUACGGACAGCCAGCCUCCAAGUACCUGAGAGUGAACCCAUCCACGGCGCUGACCCUCCUGGAGAAGAUGAAGGACAGCAGUAAGAAGAACCACAUUUUCUCCCAGUUCCGGAAGAAUGAGCGGGACAAGCAGAAGCUGAUUGAGACAGUGGUCAAACAGCUGAGAAGCCUCAUCAGUGGCAUGUCGUCCUGAUCACAUAUUCAGCUGCCAUGCCGGCCUUCAAAGUGACUCCGAGCUUUAAUUCCUUGCCAGGACCCAAUGGGACUGGACUACGUGCAGUAUGUCCUGUUUCUUCUGCUCUGGAUUGGAAAACCUGCACUUUGACUUCAUCUGAUUUAUUUACUUUCAACUCCAACAUGUUGUGGCUCAAAUUAAAACAUUUCAAUGUCCAAAUAUUUCUGGGCACAUCUGUGGACACCAUCUAGAGGACAAAGACAAGGCAUGUUGGGAACCAGCAGGAAGGACACCCAAAUGUCAGCGUGAGCCACUGAGGUUGAAGGUCAACAACAAAAGCUGAGCUUUUGGCAGAUUCUUGUAACUGAAUUAUUGUCUCCUCCUGUCCAAACGUGAUUGUCAUCUCAAGUCUGGGAGCUGUGCUGGUGCUGCACUUCACCACAUCCCAGCACACAGAACCACCGUCCCACAUUUCCAAAGUAAGACCCCCAUCACACAUCGUAAGAAUGCGCACAAACCAGGCCAAUACGGCAAAAAUGACCAUAAUUGAGACACAGUUGAGAAGGACAUAGGCUCUGACAGCAUGUCGGAAUGCCUCCAGACCACAUAGAAUGUCAGCGGAUCCCAUCCAGACUGCCUCAUGCACACCUGCACAAUCACAGCCCAAAUGUAUUUGGACAACAGUCCAAUGACACAGACUGCCUAGAUCAUAAAUAAUGAGGUCAGACUGACGCGGUUAAGUGCCACCUGAUGUCCAAACGUCUGGAUGGCAAACACGGGACUGGAGUGGGAGCCAGAGCUGUGCACAGGACCCUUUGUACAGGACCUGUUGGUACUGGACAUUGGAGUACAACAAACGUAUGGACUAGAUUCACGCCAUAUGUGUCAAAGCCGGUGUCACCAAGCGAACGCCUAAAAAUCGGUCUGCCCUGCCUUCACUGCACCUUUGCUGCACAUACGUCAUUUUGGAGCGUCAGCAGUGAUUCGAUU